AUUUUCAGCCUGAUGCACGAGGCAGCCACCUGCGGCUUCAUUCUGACCUACACAACAUGUACAUGCAGAUGUUAGUUGUCGUGCAGGGCACACUGUAUUACCUGCAGAGUGCGAUUUCUUUUGCAGGCCGACAUGCUGUAUGUGAGAUAUAUGGACAUCAUGGCGGAUCUAGCUUGCCAUCGGAAAGACGCCAAUAUCUCUUGAACAACUAAAGAAACAUGCUUCAUCCGCAAGAUACGCUACAGCAAUAUGUUAUCGGGUAUCCGAAGCUGGCCGCGAAAAUGGAGAUUCUGCCCGAAGUCGCCAUAUUCCGCAGGUUUGGCGCUCUGAAUGCCCAGAAUCUUCUGUACAUGCAGGCUGAGUUGGUGUAUCUGAAGAAGGAGCUGAGAAGAUGCCAAUUGGAGGAUCACUGCAAUCCUUCGGAGAAACGGUCGAAAUACGCGCUGGACUGGCGGUGGCUCAAAGUGUCAGAGGGCACUGAGGCCGGCGAGCAGCAAGCAUUGAUCUUGAGAAUCCGGGACUUGCUCAAAGACCAUAAUCAGAAGACAAAAAAAAUCAAAUUCUCAUGCUCAUAUCAGCUAGAUGAUGCAUUGAUCCAGCAAGCAGAGAUUCUCAAGUACCCUAAACCUGGUACGUGGGACCUUCAUCACAUGCAAGACUAUCUUCAUUCCCCAGAAAUGGGCGAGGACGCGUUGAACGGCGACGAUGCAAGCGUCUGGGGCUCUGCGUGCUACCGCAAAUCUCAAAGCCCAGAUUUGAUUACUCUAUGCCCUCGUGCGAAGAAAGAUGCCUUCUCGUCAUGGGCAGCAGAAAGCACCAUUGGCAUGCUCUUCAGAUGUGGCUGCACUCGGCUCAUGAAGCCCUCGCGAGUUCAUGGUGUCGUUGGGUACGAGGAUAGUACGGUUUAUCGCGUCACGUAUUGGAUUACCAGUAUCCUCGCGUCUCUUAUCCCGAUAGCAUCCAUCGCAGUGCUGUACCGAGUUCAUUCCAUGUCCGCUCGACUUGGAAUCAUUGCUGGCUUCAACGUCCUGGUAUCCGUAUGCUUGAUGGCACUGGCCAAUGCGAAACGCGCCGAAGUGUUUGCCAUUACAGCCGCGUAA